AGCGCGGGAACGGGGCGGUGUCGUGACGUCAUUCACGGAGCGGCACCGGGACCGGGAACUGGAGUGGGAUCGGGAUCGGGAUCGGGAUCGGGCCGUGCUCGGGAACAGCCCCGGCAGCGGGGCGGGAGCGGGUCCCGCCGCUCUGCCCGCCCUGGGGAGAGCCCGUGCCUGUGGGAUGGACAGCAGCACCUUGCCAGCAGUGGCAGAAGAGCUCUUGAGGGAGAUCAAAAAGGCUUUUCAGGAGACCUCGCAGGUUCCUGAUGACCUGCUGCUGGGGCUGAAGUUCAUUUUUGGCCCAUCUGCAGUCCCAGCUCUGGAUUUGGUGGAUCAGCAUUCUGUCACCCGGGUCAGGUCCCCCAGUGGAAGGAUUCUCUACCAGAGCAUGGAUGAACACAGGGAGGACAGCAGUGUUUUACAGCCUCCUGAAGUGACACUGGAGAGCAGCAGCCACAGGCUGGAAUUAGAGCAGCACGGUUCAGAGCCAUUUUCUCUGUGGCUCCCAGCCAGCCAGAGACAAUUUAUGUGUUUGUGGGCAUCACAGUCAGGAGGAAGUUUUCCAGGGAUUGCUAAUUUUGCUUUAUUACUCCCAUCCUAUCCUGCAGAGGAAGUUCUUCCUCUUGACCAGUUGUACACAACUCAUCAUUAUCUGCCAUAACUCUGUUUCUUUCCUGUCAUGACCUCUGCUUGGCAGGAGAUCCCUGCUGCCUGGGAGGGAGCAGUGCAGGCCAAACCCCUGGGUUUCACUCUGGCUCAGUGUAUUCAAGGCUGUGAACCACAGAAACCUCCCCAUGAAAUGGCAUUUUGGGGAGAAGAGCUCACCUCAGCCUGAGAUCAGUUACAGCACAGGGUGGGAGUCAGGUGAGGAGCCAUUGGUACUUCAUUCUCACCUUCCUGUACUGUGCACAAUUCCUUGUCCUGUGGUCCCCCAGCACUGGUGGCAUCUCUUUUGGGACUAUCCAUGCUGUGAGCCAUUGACCAGCUGCAUCCAGCCCAUGGCUGUGCCCUGGCUGCCCUGUGCCCCAAAGAUUUUGGUCAAAAAGCACCAAUUCCUUCUCCUCAUCACUCCCAACCCCUCAGGUAGCACAGCCCCUCCAAGGCUGGGCCUGGUCUGUGCUGUUCACUAGAGAAGUGAAAAUGUUCAGUGAUGCUCAGUGCUGCAGCACCCGAGAGGAACAUUUCCAAGUAUCCCCUCUGCAAAGGACCUUUUCUCCUCCCCUGAAGGUGCUUUGGGGUCCUGUAGGGUGAGAAAAGAGCUGUGAAGUCAGGGCUGGGCUGCCACAAACCCUUCUCACGUGUUCAGAGCUUGCCCUGCUUGGUUUGCACAUGGAGCCUUUAUCACUUCUGGGGCCAUGGAGAGGACACAGCCCCUCCAGGGGGACAUGAAUCAUAACCAGGGCUCAAGAACAGCCUUGGAUUGCAGUUGAGGGCUUGCCUGUGGAUGUUUGGUAAAGCCUAGGAAGCUUCCAGCACCCUUAGACAGCAGCUGCCUUCCUGAUUAACUGAAUGCUCAAAGGCUUUCCCUUUUUUACUGUUGCUUGUCUGAAAAUGUCUCUGGGCAGAGAAUGGUCACAUUCCCUUUGUCAGGCCCUGCAGACUAAGGCAGAGCUUUGCUGGGCAUCAAUUUAAUAAUUAAAUAUUAAUAAUAUUAAUAAUAUGAUAUUAAUAAAGGGCCCAGUUG